AGCAAGCACGUAGCUAGCUCGCUAGCUCGCUCACAAGUUGUUUUCAAAAAUGGCAGCUGCUAAGAAAGGGAAGAAAGUUGUAAAUCAAGAGGAGCUGCGGCGCUUGAUGAGAGAAAAACAAAGACAAUCGACAGACAAGAAGCGCAUUGAGUCUCCUUUUGCUAAAUACAACAGCCUUGGGCACCUCAGCUGUGUGCUGUGCAGUGUGCAGGUGAAGUCCGAGUUGCUAUGGGCGGCUCAUGUCCUCGGUAAACAGCACAAAGAGAAAGUUGCUGAGCUGAAGGGAGAAAAGAGUCAGCCAGUGACUCCACAGAACCAACCAGUGAAGAGAAAAGCAUCGGAUGAGGAGGACGUUAACGGGAAAAAGGCGAAACCAGCACCGGUUGCAGGCCAGUCUACCUCAGGGCUGCCAAGAAACUUCUUUGAGAAAUCCAGUGAAAAGGAAGCUGCUUCUGCUCACAAGUCUGCAGGUUUGAGUCUCUUGGCUGGAGUUUAUGAUGAUGAAGAGGAUGAUGAAGCAGAUGCUGAAGAGGCAGCUCAGACAGGAACCACAAACCACCCUCCUCAGAGGGCUGAAGCUGCAGGACUACCAGCUGAUUUCUUUGACAGCUCCAUCCCAUCCACACCCGCCAUCUCCCACUCUGGGUCCAUCCUCAAAGCAGAUGUGCAGGAGAAAAGCGCAGAAAAGAAAGAAAACACAGCCGAGGCGCUGCCGGAGGGCUUCUUCGAUGAUCCAAUAAGAGAUGCCAAAGUGCGCAACGUUGACGCGCCCAAAGAUCAAAUGGACAAGGAAUGGGAAGAGUUUCAGAAGGAGAUACGACAGGUGAACACAAAAUCAGAGGCUAUCGUAGCUGAGGACGACGAGGAGGGCCGUCUUGAACGUCAGAUCGACGAAAUCGAUGAACAAAUUGAGUGUUACAGGAGGGUUGAGCUGCUGAGAGACAAGCGCGAUGUGGUGAAAAGCAAACCACUGUCCAGGAAGGAGCAACACACGGAGAUUGAUGGCAGCAUUGAGGAGGAAGAGGAGGAUGAAGAGGAGCUGCUGGGGCUUUUGUCCCGGGACUGGAGGGCCAAAGGGGCACUGGCAUAAAUAUCUGUGAGAAAUGAUUUUGUCCAGAAUGUUGUUGAAGCAUCUAAGAGAGGUAUUUUUUUUGUAUGUCAGAAAACUGUAAAUAUGUUUGUUAAAACAUCUUCAUCGCUUCUUUUUGUAUAUUUCAGACUGGGUUAAAUGUGAUGAUGUAAGUGUUUUGCAACAUUCUACUAAAACAUUUAACCACCACCAGAAGACAGAACUUCUCAGUUUAUGUCUCGAAACACCAGACAGACCACAAAGCUUUAAG